AUGAAGACGUGGGGGAUAUGCUUGCUAGUAAUCUUUUCCCUUGUUGUUACAGUGCCAGUGGAAGGUAGGACCUACGUAGGUGGCGGUGUGACUAAUCCGUGCUCAGGUCCUUAUCCUCCUCCAGGAUGCAAUCCUCCAAAUUCUCUUCAUACGAAUGUUCCUCCAGGUCCUAAUCCCGCCAACAAAUACACCCGUGGAUGUUCCAAAAUUACACGCUGCCAACGAGAUAUAUGA